GCUGCAGUGGGCCUGCCCCCUUUAGCAAUCGGAUGUUUACUUGCUUUGUCAGCUGUGUCCUCGCAGCCUAGCCUACUAUAGUCUACCUCCGAAUUGAUCAGAACCUCGGACUUGAACCCCAGAACAGCAAUACAUCAGACCGCCAAGGUUCCUUGUCACUCAUUUCCCCUUCUCUGCUACUAUAAAACAAGGGCGCAUUACGUUCACUUUUGUUUUUUUGCUAACCAGUAAAGAUGACAUUAAAAUCGAAUAAAAACGAACCCGCUGUCAUACUUGAGCGGGUGAACAGUGCUCGAACAGCCCUCUCCGACCUGUACCUGGAGCAGCUGCUUCAAAACAAACCAAAGCCAGAAAAGGGGGUUAUGCCAGCCUAUGAGACAAAAGGAGCAGAAGUAUACACCAAUGGCAGUGCUGGUCACAUGAACGGAACUGAGCCAACCAGGAUGCGUGAGGUGGCGUUUGAAAAAAAUCCCUCAGAGCCCAUGGGGGUGACUCUGAAAUUUAAUGGAAAACAGAAGUGCACUGUGGCCAGAAUAUUACAUGGGGGAAUGAUACAUAGACAAGGUUCCCUACAUGAAGGGGAUGAAAUAGCAGAGAUCAAUGGAACGAGUGUGGCCAACCAAUCUGUCGACCAGCUACAAAAGAUCUUGAAAGAUACCAACGGAGUAGUCACAAUGAAAAUCAUCCCCAACCAGCCAAGGUGCUCUCUUGUGUGUGAGCUGUUCUGUGUUACUCAACAGACGUACAUGAGGGCUCAGUUUGACUACGACCCUGCCAAGGAUGACCUCAUCCCAUGCAAAGAAGCAGGGCUGAAGUUCAAAACGGGCAACAUCAUUCAGAUCAUCAACAAGCAUGAUCCAAACUGGUGGCAAGGCAAGGUGGACAUCUCUACUGCCGACUUUGCUGGAAUCAUCCCCUCCCCAGAACUUCAAGAAUGGCGGGUGGCAAGUAAAAGCAAGGCCACAGAGGGCACCCAAUCCUGCAGCCCCUUUGGAAAGAAGAAGAAGUGCAAAGACAAGUAUCUGGCCAAGCACAGCUCUAUCUUUGACCAGUUGGACGUGAUUUCUUAUGAAGAGGUUGUCCGGCUCCCUGCCUUCAGCAGAAAAACCUUGGUGCUUAUUGGUGCACCAGGUGUAGGAAGGAGCCACAUCAAAAGCUCGUUGCUGACCAAAUACCCAGAGAAGUUUGCCUACCCUGCACCACACACCACCAGACCCCCACGUAAGGACGAGGAGAACGGGCAGGAGUACUACUUCAUCUCCAAUGACGCCAUGACCAAGUGCAUCACUGGGAAUGAGCUGCUGGAGUAUGGCAGCUUCCAGGGGUUCAUGUUUGGAACCAAAAUGGAGACUAUCCAGAAGAUCCAUGAGCAAGGAAAAAUUGCCCUGCUCGAUGUGGAGCCACAGACACUGAAACUUUUGCGGACGGCAGACUUUGCGCCUCUAGUGGUGUUCAUUGCACCUACCAACUCAGCUACCCAGUCGGAAGCUGUGCAGUCGAUCCAGAAGGAGUCGGAUGCCAUCCACUCCACCUACAGACACUUCUUUGAUGUGCUGCUGGUUAACAACGAUGUUGAUGAGAGUGUGAAAGGAGUGGAGGCGGCCAUAGAGCAAGCCACUUCCACCCCACAAUGGGUGCCAGUUUCCUGGGUCUACUGACCCAUGUACCCCCGAAGAACAGUCUAACAAAACUGUUUUAAUAUCACAAGACCUGGCCACGCAUUACUGAUACACCACCAGGUUUGGGUAGCAGCUAAUCGCUAUGGUUACUGUCAAUAAAUUUUGCACAAGUGCAUAAAAAAAGCAAUACAGAAGAUACCAUUUUAUUUCAGAAAGUAGAAUGAAACUCACAAAGGGAUAUUUUACAUCUUUGUAAGAGCUUAGUGCUUCUGGCUUUUCAGGUGCUGAAUGAUGGGUGCCAUAUGACUGCAGCUGAUUAUUAGCAUGUGAAUGCAUAGAGGACCACUACUGUGAACGUAACACUUUACCUGACAGGGUUUCAUCAUCAGUAUCCUUAUCUCGGGUUGAAUUGUAAACAGGGUGUCAUGAAAUGUUACAUAACUAUAUUGUCCAUAUGGUCAUGUAUUAAAAUACAGGGAAAACGUGUGUUCUACAUUAAAAUAUCAAGGUUCCUCGUGAA